AGCCCGUGCGGGCGCUGGGGCGGCGGAGCGCCGAGCCCGGGAUGAGGGCGCCCGCGCUGCUGAGCUGCUGCUGCUGCUGCUGGCUGCUGCUGCCGGUGAACAGCAUCCAUCCAGAAUGCCGGUUUCAUCUGGAAAUACAGGAGGAAGAAACAAAAUGUGCAGAGCUUCUAAGCACUCAACCCAAAAGCCACAGAGCCUGCAGGGGCAUCUGGGACAACAUCACGUGCUGGCGCCCUGCAGAUGUGGGGGAGACGGUCACCGUGCCCUGCCCCAAAGUGUUCAGCAACUUCUACAGCAAGCCAGGAAACAUAAGCAAAAACUGCACGAGUGACGGGUGGUCAGACACGUUCCCAGAUUUCAUGGACGCAUGCGGCUACAACGACCCAGACGAUGACAGUAAGAUCACCUUCUAUAUUCUGGUGAAGGCCAUUUACACCCUGGGCUACAGUGUCUCUCUGAUGUCUCUCACAACAGGAAGUGUCAUUCUUUGCCUCUUCAGGAAGCUGCACUGUACCCGGAACUACAUCCACCUGAACCUGUUCCUCUCCUUCAUCCUGAGAGCCAUCUCGGUGCUGGUGAAGGACAGCAUCCUCUACUCCAGCUCCGGCACAUGGCACUGUCCUGACCAGCCAUCCUCCUGGGUUGGCUGCAAGCUCAGCCUGGUGUUCUUCCAGUACUGCAUCAUGGCAAACUUCUACUGGCUCCUGGUAGAGGGGCUGUACCUGCACACCCUCCUGGUGGCCAUCUUCCCCCCCAGCAGAUGCUUCCUGGCCUACCUCCUCAUCGGAUGGGGCAUCCCCACUCUCUGCACAGCUGCGUGGACAGCAGCCAGGCUCGCUCUGGAAGACACGGGCUGCUGGGACACAAAUGAGCACAGCACACCCUGGUGGGUCAUCCGGAUGCCCAUCCUGACCUCUAUUAUAGUCAACUUCUUCCUCUUCGUCAGCAUCGUACGCAUUCUGCUGCAGAAGCUGACGUCCCCCGAUGUGGGCGGCAAUGACCAGCCCCAGUACAGGAGGCUCGCCAAGUCCACGCUGCUCUUAAUCCCGCUCUUCGGCGUCCACUACAUGGUGUUUGCUGCGUUUCCCAUCGGCAUCUCCUCCAUGUACCAGAUUCUGUUUGAGCUGUGCAUUGGCUCCUUCCAGGGCCUGGUGGUGGCGGUGCUCUACUGCUUCCUCAACAGUGAAGUCCAGUGUGAGCUGAAGAGAAGGUGGCGAGGCCUGUGUCCCAGCCAGCCCGGGAGCCGAGACUACCGCCUGCACAGCUGGUCCAUGUCACGGAACGGCUCGGAAAGCGCCUUGCAGAUGCACCGGGGCUCCCGAGCCCCGUCCCUCCUGCAGACGGAGACCUCGGUCCUCUAGCCUCCUCCCUCGCCUUGGAGCAGACCACAGUGUGUGAAACCGCGUGUGCAGGCUUUUUCCCAUUCCAAGGUUGUGUGCCUGCUGGGUCAGUAAGAGCCUUGAUCUGCCAGGCCCUUAACCCAACCCCCACCAGCGCCUGAUCCCAAGCACAGGCAGGUUCAGAUUCCCUUCAUCUAGUUGCUCAUGAUGUUUAAGCGCCAGGAUUUAGGUCCUCCUGCUCAUGAUGUUGCACAGAUGUGUAGACAGGCCCACAAAGACAGCAGGGAAGAGAAUACCAAAACCGGAUGCUUCUGAAGAGGACAGGAGGCUUCCUGACUUCCCAGCCCCUCCUGGCACCACAAGCAGGGCCCCGUGCUGGCUGGGUCAGGACCGCUCACACCGUCCGAGCCAUGCCCACAGCUCUCCCGUUCUGUGCACCGCACAGACACAGAGGCCAUGCGAGAACUUCAGUCACUCUGAAGCCAGGCCAGGGAAAGCUGUUGAGAGUGACCUGCUCUCAGGACAAUCUCCUGGCCCCACGGCCACGGCAGCGUGCCCCAGGCCUCUGCGCCAGCAGCCCUGUUAGUCACCAUCUCUCAGCCACGACAAGACGGUGGCCCCAGCCAAGAAGCAGCCUCCUCCUCUACAGAAAUGCCGCAGCUGUCCCUGUCUGCAGGUGGCCGGGGCCAGAGCAGCCCUGGAGGGGUCACAGGAGGGCCCCAGCCCAGGCUGGUGACCAGGCUGCAGGGCCCUGGGACCAGCCACGGCGGCUGUUUACCUGGAGAAUUGUGUCAACACAAUGUGGAAUGACAUGAACUGUACUUGCACAUAGCCGUGGGCGCCUGAGCGUUGGUUAUUUGCAGGUGUGGGGAAGUAGCUGACAGGGCUGUGGGUGCGGCUGGCAUAGAGGGACCCUGCAACGCUGGGACCCUGCACACUGAGGCCCAGCCCAGCAGAGGGCCGUGGCCUCGGGACCCAGGACUCUGAGCAGGUGUUACGUUACUUUCCCCACAAGAGUGAGGGCCAUCAAUCAUCUGUAUGGUUUUGGUCUUGUAGAUUCUAGCCAGCAUUGAUACUAACAACGGUCAUGCCAGGGGUGGAGACUGGCAGGGCCAGGAGGCAGCAAUGGCCUCCAACCAGCUUCCAGAAGCAAGCUGGGGAGCAGCCAGAGCCGCCGGGCUCAGCGCCUACGCCCACCUUCAUUCCACACUGCCCUGUCCAAUCCAUUGCUGGAUUUUGUUUAGAGUCAUGUGAGCAGACGGCCGGAGGAUCCAGGGAACACCUACGUCACCACCUCCAGGGCCAAGGCCCAAGGACAGGACUGGCAGCAGCCGGGGGACAGAGAGUCAGCCUGCCCCAUUUCCACCCACCUCCAGCCCUGCUCCGCUUGCUCUAGCCAUUUUGAGGAAAUGAAGCUUUGCUAUAACUGAACGUGUCCUGUAGCAGCCAGGAGUGGACGCCAUGCCGUGACCCUGAGUGGACACUACGGGGCUGUGAAUGCCAGGGCCCGGCUACUCAAGCGCCGGGGAGGUGAGGGUGGGAGGUGGCCAGCACAGAGAGGGGCGGCGCCUUCUUCCUGACAACGCUGAGGACGAGAGCACCCGCCCGACCAGUAGCAGACAUGGUGGCCAAAUGAUCAGUGUGUAUUCUCAAGCUUGUGUGUGUGAGAUGUCCACAAACUCCACCCCACGGUAGGAGCGAGCUAUGUGUGUAUUUCA